AUGACCACUUUUGGGCUUCUUCUGCUGCUAGGACUGGCAGGGGUCGCAACGGCGGGUAGCCUCGUGGGGCCCCUAAGGGCCCCUCCACCGUCCCUGCCCCCCGAGUUUCAAGGACUGGACGCAGGCGUCCUCUCGAGAAAUCACCCUCCCCGACAUGCCCGUAUUCGCUCGCGCUCUUGCGACUUAUCGACACAUCGGGCAUCAGCAGUGCCACAGUACACGUCGUUCCUUUGCGCUUUACAGCUUCCCCACGGCAACAACAGGAGCACCCGCGCCUCUGCAGCAGGGAGAACGGGAGUGGCUGUUCCCGAAGACAUUCGGGGUUUUGGCCGCCUGAGGAUAUACCACUGGCUCAAGCCAACGGUUUCGCAGCAGCAGCUGCAGCAGCAACAACAAGAACGGCAACAACAACAAGAACAGCAACACCAACAGGCACAGGAGCAGCAGCUUGGAGGGCUACUUGGUCCUCUCAGUUAUUUCUACGACUUUGAUGUGCACCUGCAGCGCGUUGGCGCCGAAGUGUACUAUGAAGCAGCAGCGUCUGCAGUGGUUGCACAAGCGGAAGCCGCAGCGGAGGCAGCACGUGAGGCAGCAACAACUGCAUCUGCAAGGCCCGUGCAGCAACCACCGCCAUUCUGCAUGCAGCUGCAGGGAGCCUCAGAGGGCUCAGCGACUCCAGAUGGCUGCUCAGAGCAGCGCGAGCAGCAGCAAGCGGACAUAGAGGAACCCCGAGGAGGGGGCGUGUUACUGGAGGUGUGGCUGCCAGGAGUCUCCCCUCGAGAUAUUGCGGUGCAACUCUCCCUCGUAGGGAGGCACCGAGAGGCAGAGAUCAUACCGGGUGUGCGAGAACGGCAGGCGCGCCCUCCUUGCGGUUCGGUGGCUUCGACACCCUCUGUCGACGAGCUGGCAUCAAACUACGUUUUGAAUGAGGAUUUCCUAUGGGAAGAGACCGUAGAGGCUGCAGAGGAACGCAUCGCUAACCGCAGGAAGCCCCCCUAUCUCCCUCCGCCUUUGCCUUGUCUGAUUAUCAACGCCCCCAAAAGCACUCGUGCCCUUAAGUGGGAAACCGAGACGUUUAAAACACGAUUCCGCGAUGGCCGAUCGUUGGAUUACCAGAGGUAUCAAAGGGCUCUCAGACUCGCCUGGCCUGCAGACUGGAGCCGAGCGGAGGCGCGGUUCGAUUCUGGCCGUCUGUUGGUAGUGAUUCCCCCGCUGCCUAUCGAUGCUCCUCCCCCGAACUUGCUGCAACAGCAAGACCUCUUUCCGCUCGCCAUACCCGUACAAGAGCUGCCCACCCCACUGCCACCUUUCCCAGGGUUCACAGUCACCAACACGCGAGCUGAUUGGCUCUUCAACUUCGCUCGCUUUCCACAGCUGUACGAUGUAUCUGCGGACUUUGAAGCGGCGAAAAAGACCCUUAAGCUACCACAUACAUCACAGGCAGCAGCAAACCCAAUCAAGCCCAAAGUCCGAGUCCCCAACAAAAAGAAUUGGAAGGAAGCGUGA